UUCUGUUAAGAACGCGCCGGAAUGUGUCCUCCCGGGCUGCCACCUUCCCUUUGGUGGCGCCAACGCAGAGAGCGCAGCGAGCGCCCUCCAGAUGGUAUCAGGGCUAGGGAAUGCAGGCAGCUGAUGCUACGUCGGGUUUGGGCGGAAUUGCCCCAGCUGCUGCCCAUCGAGGGCGACAUGCCUUCGGUCUUGGUACCUCCCCUGGCAGCCACUGGACAGAUGUCCAGCAGCUCAGAGGUGUCGCCUCACGCCUCCAGUCACAACUCCAGCCGGGUGGUGGGUAGAGACCGCGAUAGCAACACCGCCAGCUUGUCGCUGGCAUCGGUGGUGGAUGAGCCGCUGCCGGACCUGCCAGCGUGGCUCACCUCGGAGCCCUCCACGCCCCAGAGCGGCUUCUCCGACAUCUCGCCCUGACGCGGCAGUUUCUGCUGAGCUUUGAAUGUGCAGGGUGGAUGCCCAGUUCCAAGAUGAUCGAAGUGGAGUUAGUUUCACCUCACUUUCCCAAUGACGAUCUCAC